UGGAGGUGAGAAUGCGCGGGAAAUGACGGGUCGACAGAGGGAUCCCGCGGGAUGAAUCGAGGUCCCACCCCCUCCCUGGAAUCGCUGCUCGAAUUGAUGAGUUCUUCCAGCGGCUGGAAAAGGAAUUCCCUUUACCCACUGAUGAAGGUUAUCUUCAGGAAAUGAAAGAUGAUGAAGAUAUUGAUUUGUAUAAUGAGGAGACUUUUGGAAUUGAUUCUGAGUCUGGAGCCGAGCUAUCCGAGGACCUGUCCCUCCUCUGCGAGGCAUUGGGAGCCAGUCAUUCCAAGGGGGCAGAAGAGAUGCCUCAGGCAGAGCUGGGACUGGAGUCGCACCCUUUUCCAGAGAAGAGAGUAGGGAAGAGUCCAGACCAAGAUCCAAAGGUAUCGGAAGGACCCAGCGCAGCCCAGGAGCUUAGUGAUCCAGCAGUGAUGGAAGCUAUUCAUGGGCAGCCCAGUCUGGAGAGUUUGGACAGUGCAAUAGUGGACAGUGGUGUAUGCUCUGGUUGGGAAGAAUUUAACAUUUCCCACAUCCUGGACUCUGCUCUCCUGAAGUCGAUGGAGGAAACUGCAAUGCUGGAGACUGCACGUUCCCCACUGGUUCCUCAUUUCCCUGGUUCCCCAGGAAUGUUUCGACCGCAUGUACGACAACAGAGAGGUCCCCCCAGUCAUUGCCCGCUGCGGAUGCCUUCCGGAAGUGUCCCGCCUUUACCAUUCCGACCUUUGUCUCCUAUGCUUCCUGGGAGGAAGCUGAUGACGAUGAGAUUUGGGUCUCCCUCACCUUCAGCCUACUUCAGUUCUUCGCCAAAACUUCUCGAAGCCUUUCGGUUCCCUGGACGUGUUACACAGUUACAUCCACAACACAGUCGCAUUCUCAGCCAAAGGCAGCAACGCAUGCGAAGAGAGUCUACUAAGGAGCCUAAUGCUGGGGUAGAUGCUUUCGGCAAGUUAAUGACUGAUAAAGAAAAGGCUUGGAUCAUAAAAUUACAGAUGAUCCAGCUACAGAGUGAAAAUCCACAUCUGGAUGACUACUAUUACCAAGAAUUUUUUCGGAAACUUGAACUCAAACUUCAGGACGAGGAGCUGGGUAAGGAUGUGAAACGGGAACCUCAGAAGUUGGUCACUCCAUAUGUUCAGAAGGCAGAGAUGUACGAUUCUGUUGUCCACAUCGAGGGUUCCCUGGGACAAGUUGCUGUCUCCACAUGUUACAGCCCUCGUCGAGCCAUAGAUGUUGUUCACGUCUUAACCCUGGAGGAGGACCCACCAAAUUUAGGUCGGCAGCGACUUCAUCUGCUGGACAACAUCGAGAAGAUGUACCAGCUGCUCCUGGAGUUGGAGGAGAUGGAGACCCAUCUGGUAUCUGUGCCAGAGGAGAAGAGGUUGAUGUACCAAUCACUCAGGGACAGGAAACUGGAGCAACUCUACCAGCGUCUCCAUGUGGGCAUCAGGGAAGAGAAUUCAGAACUUUUUAGGAUACUGAGGGUGCGGAAGGGGAUAAAACUGCUGUCCCGUCUCCUGCCUCUGCUCCCUCCCACCCGCUGCACCGAGAUCCUCUUCUCUGUGGCUGCAUCCCUCCAUCAGCUGGGCAAGGAGGGUAUGGAUGAGCCCCUGCCCCUCCUCUUCCCAGCACUAACAAGGAGUGUUUCCAGCCUCACCUUCUCCCAACUUAUCUCCCUGCUCCGAGAAGUGAUCUGGGGUGGGGGUGUUCCACACACCCUCCAACACAUCUUCCACAACACGUUCAGUCUUUCCUUCCUCUAUGUCCUGCUGAGUCACGGAGAGUCCCUACUCUCUCUUAGCUGUCUCACAGAGCCCUGUGUUGAGGAUUUCCAGCACUGGACGGACAUCAUCUUCCUGGUGGCCCGGGAACUCUCGCAGACCCCAAAAUCAAGCAUGGCUGAACCCCUUCAGCUCCCUAGCAACUUGCUCCCACUCUUCUGCCGGUACGUGGACAAGCAGACAGCCCACACACUGGAGGACAAGAUUGAAUUCAGCGUAUCCGAUUCCUGUUCCCGUAUGUAAACAUAGCAUGGGCUGGCUCCACAACCCCAUUCCUCUGUUGAACUGCGGAGAUUUUUGCAACAGUGUCCCCUUUGUCUGAGGCUCCCUCUCCCCUCCCUCUAGUUUGGGGGGAACUGAAGAGAUGGAGAUGCAGCUAUGGGGGCUAGGAGAAAGGGCAGAAUGGGUAGGUGAGGGGGAGGGUGGUGGAAGGCUUUCUAACAAGCUAGGGUAUGGGGAAUCUGUACCUGCCCCACUAAGGAUCACAGACCACACUCUGUGCAAUAAAAGGCUUAUUGGCUUCACCCUCUUCCUGUGUCUCUCUCCAGCUUUGGCCCACCCCCUGCUGGGUACUUGGAACGGGUGGGAGAAGAAGAGAAUGGGGAAACUGCCCCCUCCAACCUCCUGGGACAGGUCACUGCAGACAUCCAUUGAAGGUUCUCCCUGAUCAGCUAGUAACAGGCACUAGAUCAAUGGGGAAACAAAACUGGAAACAUCUGGAGACAAUGUGGUUAUGGAUGAGAGUUUAAUCAAGUAGGUGUGAGAUGUUGCACUUUGGGAGGUAAAAUGGAAAGGGACAGUACACUGCUAAUAUACAGAGGGAUCUUGGGGUCCACAUCCACAACUCCUUGAAAGUGGUUGCACAUGUAUGGCAUUCCUGCCUUUAGUUGAGGCAUGGAGUUGAAGAGUCAGUAAGUUACAUUACAGCUUUAUAAAGCUCUGGUCGGAUUACUUGCAAAGUAUUGCAUUUACCUCUGGUUGCCCCAUUAUAGGAAGGGUGUGAAGGUUUGGGACAGGAUGCAGAAGGGAUUCACCAGGAUACUGCCUGCCUUGGAGGGCAUGUGCUGUAAGGACAAACUUGGGUCAUUUUUUUCUGAAGGGUCAGAGGCUGAGGGGAUACCUGAAAAUGGUUUGUUUUAACAUUUAUUAUUUUUAUUUUAUUUGUUUAUUGAUAAUGUGUGGAACAGACCCUUCUAGCUAAACAAACCACACAACACAGCAGCCCAACUAUCUAACUCUAGCCUAGUUACUGGACAAUUUCACAAUGACCAAUUAACUAGUUUUUGAACUGUGGGAGGAAACCCAUGUAUUCACAGGGAGGACAUAUGCUAACUGCUGUGUUACUGUGGUGCCCUACCAAAUUUAGAUAGACAGAAUCUUUCAACCCCACAGUGGAAAUGUCAAAAUAGUGUAGGACAGAUGUUUAGGUGGGGGGGGGGGGAUGUUUUUUUUAAAUAUAUAAACAGUGGUAGCUAUCUGAAAUGAGCCAGGGGAGGUGUUGGGUGCAAAUCCAUCUGUGGUUUGAGUCAGGAAAUGAAGGGAUAUGGAUCCUGUGCAGGCAGAAGGGGUUUCGCUUAAUUUAGCAUGUUUGCACACACUGGGCUGAAGGGCCUGUCCCUCAUACUGUGUUUCUAAUAUAUUUUACUUUCAGAAAGGUCUUGCUUUUGCAGAGCUUUCUUCUAUCUCAUCAUGUGCCAUGACGUAUGACAUGGACGAUCAUGUUCUCCAUGACCAUGAUUGUUCUUAGCAAAUUUGUCUAUAGAAGUGGUUUGUCUCCUCCUGGGCAGUGUCUUUACAAGACAGGUGUCCCCAGCCAUUAUCAAUACUGUUCAGAGAUUGUCUGCCUAGCGUCAGUGGUCGCAUAACCAGGACUUGUGAUAUGUACCGACUGCUCAUAUGACCAUACACCACCUUCUCCUAUGGCUUCAUGUGACUCUGGUUGGGGGCUAAGCAGGUGCUACACCUUGAUAGGUGUGUCCUAGGACUCUGAACACAAUAUGUAGACAAGCUGACUAGAGGAAAGGCCAUACCGUAUCUGGUGCUAGACAAUGAACAGAUCAGGUGUCUGGUCUCUCAGAGAAUCAGCAUUUCAGAGACAUUGACAUUUACCAUAACCUUGGAUAGGGAUAGAAGCAGAGGGUAUGUGAAAGUAUUUAAGGGGGAAUUAUGAUGCUAUUAGGCAGGAACCUGGAAGUAUAAAUUUGGAAUGGAUGUGCGUGGAAAAACACAAUGACAAGGUGCAGUCUGUUUAGGGAGUACUUGCAUGGGGUUCUGAAUAGAUUUGUCCCUUUGAGACGGAAAGAAUCACAGGAUGAAGGAACCACGGUGACGAGAUGUGCAACAUCUAGUCAAUAGGAAGAAAGAAAGGUUUUGGAAAAGAGAAUCAGACAAGGCUCUAGAGCAGGGGUUCCCAACCCCUUUUUAUGCCAUAGACCCCUACCAUUAACCAAGCAGUCCGUGAACUCCAGGUUGGGGAAGGGUUGGCAAGAUAGCCAGGAAGGAACCGAAGAAUGAAUAGACUUGGAAGAGCUGGAAGGGGACGUGAGAAGGGAUUGGUGAAUGGAAUUGUGCAAACACCAAGGCAUUCUGCAUGUAUGUGAAGAACUGGAGGAUGGCCAGAAUUGAGGGUAGGACCUAUCAGAUAGUAGAAGAAACCUGUGCCUGGAGGCAAAGUGGGUAGGGAAGAUCCUUAAUAAAUACUUCCCUUAAUAUUCACCAGUGAUAUGGGACUUGAUGAAUGUGAGCUCAGUGUAAAACAGACUGAUAUGCCAGAACGUGUUGAUGUUUAAGAGGAUCUGCUGGAAAUGUGAAAGACAUUCGAAUAAACAAAUCCCUGGGGCUGGGUAGGAUGUACUCCAGGUUACUGUGGGAAGCAAGGGAGGAGAUUACUGCACCAUUGGUGAUGAUCUUUGCAUCCUCACUGGCCAUAGUAGUACAGCUGAUUGGUCGGUGUCAAACAUUAUUCUUUUGUUCUUAUAGAUUAGUGAGUCUUAAUUCAGCAAUUUGUUGGAUGAGAUUCUUAGAGACAGAAUUUAUGACCAUUUGGGAAAGCACAAUCUAAGUAUGGAUAGUCAGCAUGGCUUUAUGAGGGACAGGUCAUGCCUCACAAGCCUGACUGAAUUUUUUGAGGAUGUGGCAAAGUGCAUUGAUGAAGAUAGAGCAGUGGAUAUGAUGUAUAUGGAUUUUAAUAAGGUGUUUGAUAAGGUUCAACAUGGUAGGCUCAUUCAGAAAGGAGGAGGCAUAGAAUCGAGGGAAAUUUGACUGUGUGAUUACAGAAUUGGCUUGCCCAUUUAAGGCGGAGGGUGGAUGUAGAUGGAGCAUAUUCUUCCUUGAGGUUGGUGACCGGUGGUGUUCUGCAGGAAUCUGUUCCAGGUCACCUCUUUGUGAUUUUUAUAAAUGACUUGAAUGAGGAAGUGGAAGAGUGGUUUAGUAAGUUUGAAGAUGAAGCAAAGGUUGGUGGAGUCGUAGAUGGUGUAGAAUUGUAGUAUGUUAUGAUGGGACAUUGACAGGAAGCAGAGUUAAGCUGAGAAGUGGCAGAUAGAGUUCAAGCCAGAAAAGUAUGAAGUAAAUUACUGUGGCUGAUCAAGAUGAAGCCUUCAUCUGGGUCAACGCACAGUGCACCGGGGUCAGAUAACAUACCAGGUCGGGUUCUGAAAGACUUUGCAGCCGAGCUAACUGAGGUUCUGACAGAUAUAUUCAACAUCUCUCCGGACAAUCCAUUGUCCCCUUAGUUUCAAGGUGGCAGGCCUCAUUCCAGUGCCAAAGGAGGUGUCUAAAUGACUGUUGUCCUGUGGUAUUAACAUCAACCAUUAUGAAAUGCUUUGAGCAGUUGGUUAUGGAGUGAUUAAAACCUUUCUCUGGACUACAUUAGACCAUUUACAGUUUGCUUAUCACUCGAAUCAGUCUAUAGCCUCUACCCUCACCCUGUACUGUCUCACCUGGAAAAUAGGGUCUAAUAUGCCAGGUUGGUGUUUAUAGACCAGUUUGGUGUUUUAAUACCAUCAUAUCAUAGAAAUUAGUGGUGGAACUGUCCAUGCUGGGUCUCAACAACUCCCUUUGUAACUGGAUACUUGUACACAGGCCACAAUCAGUCCUUGUGGGCAACAAUGUCUCUAGUCCCAUUAUGCUGAGCACUGGUGUUCCCCAGGGCUGUGUGCUCAGCCUGCUGCUGUUCACACUGCUGAUUCAUGACUGGUCACAGGAUUCAGCUAAAACCGUGUCAUCAAGUUUGUGACACAAAAGUAGUUGGCCUCAUCAAGAUGAGUCAGAGUACAGAGAGGAAGUGGAGCAGCUGUUGGACUAGAGUGAGAACAGCAACCCAAGUCUGAACGUGGCAAAGACCAGGGAAAUGAUUGUAGACCUUAGGAAGUUACAGAUGAGCCAUCUCCUUAUGCAGAUACACAGCUCCUCGAUAAAGAGUUAAGUACACCAAGUUCCACGGAGUUCACAUCACAGACAACCUCACCUGGCCCCUCAAUAUCACCUCCCUGAAUAAGAAGGCACAGCAGCGUCUCUACUUUCUGAGGAGAUUGAGGCAAGCGAGCCUUCUACACCCACCCUCCCCAUCUUAACUGCAUUUUACAGGAGCACCAUUGACAGCAACCUGACAAGCUACAUUCCCGUCCGGUAUGGGAGCAGCUGACCAUCAGAUCAGAAGUCCCUAUGAACGACUGAGAACAGCAAAGAGGAUCAUAUGGGGGUGUCUAACCUCCGUUGGCGACGGUCAGCAGGAACGCUACAUACACAGGGCCCUUGGUAUUAUUGAGGAUCCCACCAAUGCGUCAAGCAUCCUCUUUGACAUUCUACCAUCAGGCAAGAGACUCUGAUCCAUAAAGACAAAAAUGGUCUGGAUGGCAAACAGCUUAUUCCCUCAAGCCCUUGGGCUUCUGAACUCACUGCUGCAUCAUAUCCAAAGUGUCACCGGAUGAUUUGUAUUGCACUGUACAAAAUUUAUGCACUUUACAUCUGUAACUUCUGUGUUAUUAUAUCUAUGUGUAAUUCAUUUGUAGAUUUAAUUCUUUAAGUUGUGUGUUUAUAUGUGUUAUGUGUACUACUGUGCUUUACACAAAGGGAACUAUGGUGCUAUGAGGGAGGAGCUGGCAAAAGUUCAAUGGAACAAUACCCGAGCAGGGAUGGCAGUGGAACAGCAAUGGCAGGUAUUUCUGGGAAUAAUGCGGAAGGUGCAGGAUCAGUUCGUUCCAAAGAGGAAGAAAGAUCCUAAGGGGAGGCCGUGGCUGACAAGGGAAGUAAUGGAUAGUAUAAAAAUAAAAGAGUAGUAUAACAUAGCAAAGACGAGUGGGAAGCUGGAGGAUUGGGAAACUUUUAAAGAGCAACAGAAGGUAACCAAAAAGGCAAUACGCGGAGAAAAAAUCAGGUACGAAGGUAAACUAGCAAAGAAUAGCAAAAUAGUAAAUAGAGGAUAGUAAAAGCUUAUUUAGGUAUGUGAAAAGGAAAAAAAUAGUUAAGACCAAAAUUGGGCCCUUGAAGACAGAAGCAGGUGAAUUUAUUAUGGGAAACAAGGAAAUGGCAGACGAGUUGAACAGGUACUUUGGAUCUGUCUUCACUAGGGAAAACACAAACAAUCUCCCAGAUGUAAUAAUGGCCAAAGGACCUAGGGUAAUGGAUGAAUUGAAGGAAAUUUAUAUUAGGCAGGAAAUGCUGUUGGGUCUGAAGGAUGAUAAGUCCCCGGGACCUGAUGGUCUGCAUCCCAGGGUACGGAGGUGGCUUUCGAAAUCGUGGACGAAUUGGUAAUCAUUUUCCAAUGUUCUAUAGAUUCAGGAUCAGUUCCUGUGGAUUGGAGGGUGGCUAAUGUUGUCCCUCUCUUCAAGAAGGGAGGAAGAGAGAAAACAGGGAAUUAUAGACCGGUUAGCCUGACGUCGGUGGUGGGAAAGAUGCUGGAGUCAAUUAUAAAAGAUGAAAGUACGACACAUCUGGAUAGCAGUAACAGGAUUGAUCCGAGUCAGCAUGGAUCUACGAAGGGGAAAUCGUGCUUGACUAAUCUUCUGGGAUUUUUUGAGGAUGUAACUAUGAAAAUGGACACGGGAGAGCCAGUGGAUAUAGUGUACCUGGACUUUCAGAAAGCCUUUGAUAAAGUCCCACAUAGGAGAUUAGUGGGCAAAAUUAGGGCACAUGGUAUUGGGGGCAGAGUACUGACAUGGAUUGAAAAUUGGCUGGCUGACAGAAAACAAAGAGUAGCGAUUAACGGCUCCCUUUCGGAAUGGCAGGCGGUGACCAGUGGGGUACCGCAGGGUUCAGUGCUGGAACCGCAGCUGUUUACAAUAUAUAUUAAUGAUUUAGAUGAGGGAAUUAAAAGUAACAUUAGAAAAUUUGCUGAUGACACAAAGCUGGGUGGCUGUGAAAUGUGAGGAGGAUGUUAUGAGAAUGCAGGGUGACUUGGACAGGCUGGGUGAGUGGGGAGAUGCCUGGCAGAUGCAGUUUAAUGUGGAUAAAUGUGAGGUUAUCCACUUUGGUGGUAAGAACAGGAAGGCAGAUUAUUAUCUAAAUGGAGUCAAGUUAGGAAAAGGGGAAGCUCAACGAGAUCUAGGUGUUCUUGUACAUCAGUCACUGAAAGCACGCAUGCAAGUACAGCAGGCAGUGAAGAAAGCUAAUGGCAUGCUGGCCUUCAUGACAAGGGGAAUUGAGUAUAAGAGCAAAGAGGUCCUUCUGCAGCUGUACAGGGCCCUGGUGAGACCACACCUGGAGUACUGUGUGCAGUUUUGGUCUCCAAAUUUGAGGAAAGACAUUCUUGCUGUUGAGGGAGUGCAGCGUAGGUUCACAAGGUUAAUUCCCGGGAUGGCUGGAUUGUCAUAUGUCGAAAGAUUGGAGCGACUGGGCUUGUAUGCUCUGGAAUUUAGAAGGCUGAGAGGGGAUCUUAUUGAAACAUAUAAGAUUAUUAAGGGAUUGGACAUGCUGGAGGCAGGAAGCAUAUUCCCGCUGAUGGGUGAGUUCAGAACUAAAGGCCACAGUUUAAGAAUAAGGGGUAGGCCAUUUAGAACAGAGUUGAGGAAGAACUUUUUCACCCAGAGAGUGGUGGAUAUAUGGAAUGCUCUGCCCCAGAAGGUUGUGGAGACCAAGUCUCUGGAUGCUUUCAAGAAAGAGAUGGUUAGAGCUUUUAAAGAUAGCGGAAUCAAAGGUUAUGGGGAUAAGGCAGGAACUGGAUACUGAUUGUGGAUGAUCAGCCAUGAUCACAGUGAAUGGCGGUGCUGGCUCGAAGGGCAAAAUGGAGGAUGAGAGGUGACCUGAUAGUGGUGUAUCAGAUGAUGAGGCAUUGAUCGAUGGAUAGUCAGAGGCUUUUUCCCCAGGACUGAAAUGGCUAGCAUGAGAGGGCACAGUCUUAAGGUGCUUGGAAUAUUAGGGGUAAGUUUUUUUUAAAACAGAGUGGUGAGCGCGCAGAAUGGGCUGCCGGCGAUGGUGGUGGAGGCGGAUAUGAUAGGGUCUUUUAAGAGACUCCUAAACAGGUAAAUGGAGCUCAGAAAAAUAGAGGGCUAUGGGUAACCCUAGGUAAUUUCUCAGGUAAGGACAUGUUCGGCACAGCUUUGUGGGCCAAAGGGCCUGUAUUGUGCCGUUGGUUUUCUAUGUUAGGCAGCACACUUACUUUUUAACUCCAAGUUGUGGAUGAAUUAAUAGGUUACCCGGAAUAGCAACAGAAGAAGGUAAUUUAGUGCAGUAGAAGACUAUGAGAUAGAUACAUGAAUAUGAAGGUAAUGAAAAGAUAUGGGUAAUAGACAGGAGGACAUUUAGUGUAAAUUGACAGCAAGAUCAGGAUGUCAUGGGCCUAAUGGCUUGUCCAGUGUUGCACUGCUCUGCAUUGUAUUAUGAGCAACUUAUGGUCCCAUUUCGAAGGAAAGAUGUGCUAGCUCAGAAGAGGAUCCAGAGGAAAGUUCACAAGAAUUAUCCCAAAAGAAAGAGCCUCAUGUACAAGGAGUGGGCCUGUACUCCAUCAGAAUGAUGAUUGGGGGAGGGGGGGUUCUAAUUGAAACCUCCCAGAUACUGAAAGGACUGUAUAUACUGGACUUUGAGAGGGUGUCUCCAUGUCUGGGAUCCAAGGGCACAGCCUCAGAAAAGAAACAUUACUUUAGAACUGAGAUGGGGAAGAAUUUCUUCAGCCAGAUGGUGGUGGUGUAACUGUGGAAUUCAUUGCCACAGAGAGCUGCAGAGGCCAAAUCAUUUGGUGUAUUUAUAGCAGAGAUUGAUAGGUUCUUGAUUAGUAAGUGGGUUAAGGGUUACAGGGGAGAAGGCCUGAGAAAGGUGUUGAGGUAAGUGAGCCACAUCCCAUGGGGAACACUCUAGAUCAGCCAAACAGCCUUAUUCUGCUCCUGUACUUUAGAGUGUUAUGAACUUGACUUUCCCAAAAAACAUUGUUGAUCUGCAGGAAGGGAGGAACCACCACGGGAGAGGGGUGUAGCAAAGGAAGGGGGAAGAUGAGAAGGGAGUUUUGUGAGACUGGAGGGAUAAGGCUGAAGGGAAUGCCAAGGGAGAUGGGACAACAGAAAGGAGCAGGAGAGGUGUGGAUGGAGCGAAUAGUAAGGAGCAAGUACACUGGGAGAGGGGAAAUUGAAGAGGGAGUGCUGCAGAAUAGGAAUGGUGCAGAGGGAGAGAGCAGCAAGGAUCGAUUGCCAGGGGAUGGGGAGCAAGGCCUGGCAGAGCAGCACUGGAGAGGGAAAGAUGAAGAAGGGGUGUAGAGCUUUUGGAAAGGAAGGUGAGGUGUGAGGCAAAGUUGGGGGGAAGAAGAAUGGUAAUGAGGGAUGGAGUGCUGGGGGAGAGGGGUGAUGAGGGAGGGAGCACCAAGGGGAAGGAGCAGUGAGGGGUCAUGGAGCUGCACAGGAAAGGGAAAGGCAAAAAGGAGGGAGCACCAUGGGACAAGAGCAGUGAAGAGGGAGAGAGCGCUGUGGGAGAGGGAUGACGCGGAGGGAGGGAGUUCUGAAGUGAAAGUGGCAGUGAAGAGGGAGCACCGCACAACUCCUUAUCCAUCGAUCACUCUGAUCUGGGUGAGAUCUGAACUCUCCCUGACCCAAUGCCCAUUAACGUGAAGCAUGUGGACAGAAAGACAGACCUCCUCAGCAACAUCAGGAACUUAGUGUAAGCUACUGCGUGACAAAUUUGCAGAUACAACUCUGCUAUCUCUGAACUAUCUUGCAAGCAUUACACACCAGCAGUAGCCACAAAUGAGGUGGUUCAAACAUUCUGCUCAAGCUCAUCCUUUUAGAAGAUUUACUGAUUCUGUUCAAUAAAUCUCUCUCCGGGUUAGUACAUAUCUC